CGACGUCAUGAGUUGGGUGGCUCCGAUUCGGCGCUGUCGGCGAAGAUCUGGCCUUUGAUGCGGUUCGCAGCGGCGAAGGGGGAUGAUUCGGCGACGGACAGCGGGCAGUGCAGCCACCUGCGGUCACAUCUGCACGAGUGCGCUGGACCUGCUCUCCGUUCUACUCAUCCACCAUCGCUCUAUCGGCAUCGUUCGAGGUAGCCAGCGACUGCUGCUGCUCACCACGGCCACCCCUUAUGUAGCUCAUGUCACCUGCCGCACCGGCCUUGCCUGCAAGACCAAGCAGCGGGAGGGUGGUUUGAUCUUAGCGUGGAGGACAUUGGUGUGCGUGUCGGCGUUCCUCACGAUGGCCAUUGUUGCUCUCGGUGCGCCAAUCAGGGAGCUACUAAGCUGCGCCCUGCUCGGCAUCCAGCUGACCUGUGGCAUCCUUGCGCCAGCCGUAUGUAGUCGCGAGCUCGACGCAGUUAUGCAUUUCGUCUUCGAAUGGGCUGCUGGAAGGCGAGUGAGCCAUCGCACACGCACCACUGGCUGCAGGGCACCACGCCGCGUUCUUUUGUGUGUCGUUUUAUUAUUUGGCAGCGACGAGGGUGAGAGCCAAGCGGCCUCUGAGGCUAUAUCCGCUCCGACACGAGAGCUGCGAAGACGCCAGAAGCCUGCUCCUCCUGAUGGAAAUGUGCCACGGGACGACGACACGUGCGAGAAGACCUCGGCGCGUGACAGUGGGAGGGUGGCGUUGGUUCACUUGCUGCCUGGCGUGUGUGGUGUGUUGUUUGCGUGGCUGGGUAGUGUGUAUGUGCCCCUUGAUUGGGACGUCGAGUGGAAGAAAUGGCCUUUGCCGUGCGUGCUGGGCAGUCUGAUCGGUCGGGGCCUCGGUGCAUUGCUUGCUUUAAGAGUGACUUGAACGAACGUUUGUGUGCAUGUGUCAACAUUUAUUCAUUUGG